AUGCCGCUCUGUCCUACCUUCAUCGACUUGAAGAAGCCCUUUGACUCAGUUGAGACGGAAGCGGUCGAGCAUCGAGAGUGUAGUGAAAAAGACCAGAAACACGCGGCUCUGUGCUCACCUCUUCAACAUCACAGUACUUUCUGCUUUGACCCAUCCUCCAGAAACCUGGCACUUUGUCAGCUGCAAGAAAAUGCGGUGAACAUCACUGAACGUUCAAUCAAAAUAGUGAUGCUAGGAUUAUCCCGCUUCACGCAAAUGAGGGGCAGUAUUCGAAGUUCUGUCCAACGUCAGCGAUCGAGGAUCAGAGACGCCGCCGCAUUUGCUAAGUACAGCAAAAUAAGAUGGACCGAUGCGCUUCAACGACAACCGUUGGAGUGA